AUGGAGACGAAGAACUCCUCCAAGAGACUCAACGUCCUGGUAUAUUCCGGUGCGCAAACCUACCCUGACUGGCGAGAAAACAUUCUGACGGCGCCUCCAGGCAAUGGCACGACCGUGGACUCCGUGCGGCAGUGUCUGUACACCUUGCGCCGCAUCCUGUCGCCCAACUACGCCGUCAUCCCCGUCACCGGCGAGAUGGUCGUCGGCGAGCCCUGGACCGCCUCCUGCGCCCUCUUCGUGAUGCCCGGCGGCGCUGACCUGCCGUACUGCAGGACCCUGAACGGCGAAGGGAACCGGCGCAUCAAGCAGUUCGUCCAGCGCGGCGGCAGCUAUCUCGGCCUCUGCGCGGGCGGCUACUACGGCAGCGCGCGGUGCGAGUUCGAGGUCGGCAACAAGAAGCUCGAGGUCGUCGGAGACAGAGAGCUGGCCUUCUUCCCGGGCAUAGCAAGAGGAUGUGCCUUUGCCGGCUUCGUCUAUCACUCCGAAGAAGGGGCCAGGGCGGCGGAGCUGCAGGUCUCGCGGUCUGCGCUGCCCGUGGGGAGCGUCCCGGAUACCUUCAAGUGCUACUACAACGGCGGCGGCGUCUUCGUCGAUGCGCCCAAGUACGCCGACCGGGGCGUAGAAGUGCUCGCCAGCUACACGGAGAAGCUACAUGUUGACCCAGGCGAGGGCCAGGCGGCCGUUGUCUACUGUCCGAGUGAGCUAUACCUCUUACCAUUCCGAUACGGUGAUAUAUUUUUAGCUAACGAGGGUAGAUUCUCUGCUGCAAACUUGGACCGAGAUGAGGCUUCGGCCCCUGACUAUUCCUCUGUCGUGGAUCUGCUGGCCAGAGACGACAAGUUCCGGACAGACUUCCUCAAGGCAUGUCUGGCCAAACUCGGUCUCCAGAUCAACCAGGAUACAGCUACGGUACCGUCCCUCUCUCAGAUCCAUCUCUCUGCCCUCGAGCCAGGCGCUGCUCUGCAGGUUCUCUCCUCCCUGGAAGAUGUCGUCACCACAGAGGAUGGCGAGGACUACAUCAAGGAUGAUAAUGAUACCUUCAUCCUCGAGAAGCCGUCCUCCAUGAAGAUGACCAAGGUUGCAGAGGCACUGCCAGAAAGCUCAAGCACUCCGACGACCACGACUGAGGCUGCUGCUACUGACGUUGAGGACAGAAUAGUCGAUUAUAACGCCGUUGUCAAGCGGCUGGUGGUUAACGACGAGCUGCCAGAUACCAAGACGACCCCUUACUUUAACCACCAUGCAUUUUACUCGAAUUUGAGGGAGUAUAGACACCAGUCGAAAGAGGACUCCCGGGCCUUUGGCUCGCAUAUGCUAUAUGGUGAAGUUGUUACCAGUACCAAUACCAUUUUAGAAAAAAACUCCCGUCUACUACGAAGACUACCCAACGGCACCACGGCCACAGCCACCGUCCAGGUUGCCGGUCGAGGCCGUGGUUCAAACGUCUGGGUCUCUCCGCCAGGCCAGCUCAUGUUCUCCGUCUGCGUUCACCACCCAGUCGACAAGCUCAUGUCUGCGCCCGUAGUCUUCAUCCAGUAUCUCGUCGCCAUGGCCAUCGUCCAGGGCGUCAAGACCUACGAUAAGGGUUACGACACCUUGCCAAUAAAAUUAAAAUGGCCAAACGAUAUAUACGCCCUGGAUCCAUCCGAUCCAACCUGCAAAACAUACACCAAAAUAGGCGGCAUCCUAGUCAACGCCCACUAUUCAUCAAGCGAAUACAUCGCCGUGGUAGGCGCAGGCCUCAACGCUCUAAACCCAGCCCCCACAACAUCCCUAAACGCCCUCCUACAAACCUUCAAAACGACAUCAAACCCAGAACCUCCGUCUCUGGAAAAACUCCUAGCCCGUAUCCUUACCACCUUUGAAGAGUUGUAUGCCCGCUUCCUCCGCACUGGCUUCGACAAGGAGUUUGAAGACAUGUAUUACUCCAACUGGCUUCAUAUGGACCAGAUCGUUACGUUAGAGGCCGAGGGCGGAGUGCGUGCAAAGAUCAAGGGUAUCACCAGGGAUUAUGGACUUCUGAUUGCUGAGGAGCUGGGAUGGGAGGAUCGGCCGACGGGGAAGGUCUGGCAGUUGCAAAGUGAUAGUAACAGCUUUGAUUUCUUCAAAGGGCUGUUGAAAAGGAAGAUGUAA